AUGGGCUUUGGACUUUUGGUCAAACAAGAACGACUGGGGAUUGAGGUGGGAUCAAUGUCAAAGGCAGAGAUUCGCCGAACAUCCCAGGCUGUGUAUCCAACACAAAACGAUUUUGGGAAUGGACCAUCGGUAGACGCUCUUUCUGUGAGGUUGGAGAGUGGUCUCAACCCAUGUUCUGGACGAGUGGAGGUUCUCCAUAAUGGGACAUGGGGAACAGUGUGUGAUGAUUAUUGGGAUCUAUCAGAUGCUGCAGUGGUGUGUAGAGAGAUGGGCUGUGGAGAUGUUAUAGAGGCAAAAAGUGUUGCUUAUUUUGGACAAGGUUCAGGACAAAUAUGGAUGGAUGAUGUCAAAUGUUUAGGGACUGAAUCUACUCUAAAUAGCUGUGCAUUUAAUGGAUGGGGAAAACACAACUGUGGGCAUGGAGAGGAUGCGGGAGUCAUUUGUCAACCUGGACAUCUUGUUAGGUUGGUAAAUGGCAUGGACUCUUGUUCUGGAAGAGUGGAGGUUUUCUAUCAAGGUCAGUGGGGAACAGUGUGUGACAAUGGCUGGGAUGUAUCAGAUGCUGCAGUGGUGUGUAGAGAGAUGGGCUGUGGAAGUGUUACAGAGGCAAAGACUGGUGCUUAUUUUGGACGAGGUUCAGGACCAGUAUGGAUGGAUGCUGCACAAUGUACUGGGAGUGAGGAUACAUUGAUAAACUGUACAUCAACAAAAUGGGGAAUAACGACUUGUGACCAUUUAAAAGACGCCGGAGUCAUCUGCAACCCUCUUGUUAGGGUGGUGAAUGGAAAAAACUCUUGUUCUGGACGAGUGGAGGUUCUUUAUAAUGGAAUAUGGGGAACAGUGUGUGAUGAUAACUGGGAAUAUAAGGAUGCUGCAGUGGUGUGUAGAGAACUGGGCUGUGGAGAUGUUAUAGAGACAAAGAGUGAUGCUUAUUUUGGUCAAGGUUCAGGACAAAUAUGGAUGGAUGAGCUACAUUGUAAAUCAAAUGAUAUUAAAUUGGCGAAAUGUGCAUUCGAUGGAUGGGGAAUACAUAACUGUGAACAUACAGAAGAUGCUGGAAUCAUCUGUCAACGUGAGCUGAAACCCUGA